AUGCCGCUUCCUACAUCAUCAAUCUAUGAGCCGCCUUCGGCUGGCUUCACUGGCUUCCCUUCACGAAGGAGUGUUGUUCAUAGCACCGAGGGAAUUGUAGCUGCGCCUCAACCUCAUGCGGCGAAUUGUGGUCUUGAAGUUCUGAGAGCAGGAGGAAAUGCUGCUGAUGCAGCCGUUGCUGUUGCCGCCGGUCUCAAUGUCACAGAGCCAGUAUCUACAGGUAUCGGAGGCGACAUGUUCCUCCUCUACUUCGACGCCGCAACAAAGACCGUCAAAAGCCUCAACGGUUCAGGCCGCUCAGGCUCAAAACAGACCCUCGAGACAAUUCGCAAGAGUCUGAACAUUCCAGACGGUAAGAUCGGUGAAAUCCCAACGCAUGGCGUCCACGCUGCAACGGUUCCUGGUGCUGCGGCUGGCUGGGUCGAUACCGUCGAGAGAUUCGGUAGUGGAAAGGUCACGAUGAGCCAGAUUCUUGAACCAGCGAUCAAGUUGGCUGAGAAUGGACAUCCUGUUACUGAGAUUGCUUCUCAUUCGUGGCAAGCGCAAGAGAAGCUUCUUCGCAACGCCUCUCCCAACUUUGCAGAAAUGCUCAAGAAGGAUCCUAACGCACCAGACGGUGUUCGCGCCCCCCGUCCCGGCGAAGUCUUUAAGAACCCAACUCUCGCCGCCACUUUCCGUGCCUUAGCUACCGAAGGCAAGAAGGGUUUCUACACAGGUCGCAUCGCCGAAGAAAUCGUCAAAGUUGUCCAAGACCUCGGCGGAUACCUCGAACUCGACGACCUUAAGCACCACCUCGAAACAGGCACCCAAAACACAGAUCCCAUCUCCGUUAAGUUCCGCGGUCAAGGUCUUGAAGAUAAGGGCGUCGAGCUAUGGGAGCAUCCUCCUAAUGGACAGGGUAUCGUUGCGCUUAUGGCCCUGGGGAUUGUUGAACAACUUGAGAAGAUGGGCAAGAUUCCCAGGUUCGGAGUUGAGGAUCAUAAUUCGACGGCUUAUUUGCAUGCGAUUAUUGAGGCGUUGAGAUUGGGAUUCACCGACGCGAGUUGGUAUGUUACUGAUCCAGACACUACCAAGGUCCCGACUUCGGGCCUGAUUUCGCCAGAGUAUCUUGCCGAGAGGGCCAAGAUUUUUGAUGCGAACAAGGCGCACGAUGGUGUUCAGCCUGGAAACCCCGAUUUCGUAUCGCCGGCUUUGCAGAGCAGCGACACAGUUUACUUCACCGUUACAGACUCAGCUGGCAACGCUGCUUCAUUCAUCAACUCCAACUACGCAGGUUUCGGCACAGCGAUUAUCCCCAAGGGUUGCGGUUUCACGCUCCAGAACCGAGGCGCCAACUUCUCCCUAGACGAGAAGCAUCCCAACAAGCUCGAACCGCGCAAGAGACCUUACCACACCAUCAUCCCCGGCAUGGCGACAAAUCUCAACGACGGCUCCCUUCACUCAGCAUUCGGCGUAAUGGGCGGCUACAACCAACCCCAAGGAACCGUGCAAGUUCUCCUCAACCAGGUCCUCUUCGGCCUGAACCCCCAACAAGCACUAGAUGCGCCGCGAAUCUGCAUCGGAGCUGGUAUGCCAGACGAAGGAAACGUGCUAGACUGGACUGUGCAUGUAGAGGAGGGUAUAUCUGAAAAGACUGUCGAGGAGUUGAAGGCAUUAGGACAUAAUGUAGUUGUGCUUAAGGGAUGGAAGAGGGCUAUGUUUGGAAGGGGUCAGAUUAUUAGAUAUACUAUUGAUCCAGAUGGAACGCCGGUUUGGUCGGCGGGUAGUGAUCCUAGAGCAGAUGGCGCAGCAUAUCCGCUGUAA